AGUUUAAUGACGUUUAUAAAAACAUUUCAAAAAUGAAUAUUGGCAUAUCUUCUUAAAUGUUUGGUGCUUUAAAUGUAUAGACUACGAAAUAAAUAAUAUACUUUUAUUAAAAAUAUAUUCAUUAGAAAACAGUUUUCUAGAAGAUAUCAUUAUUUUUUAUACCUGUCAUAAAAUCUGUCAAACUGACUGUGCCAAUAUUUUGAUUUCAAUAUUUUCAGACAAGUAAUUUUUUGCAACAAUUAAGAUUCUAUAUUUAAUGUUAAUAGUGGCUGGAAGAUAUUUUCAUGAAACAACAUAUUGUAAAACAAUCAAAAGUUGUCCCUCAUCGAGACAACAAUCACAGAUUCAUUUAAAUUUUUAAAGCCCUAUGGGGUUUGAUAUCAGCGCAGUCCCUUUAGGGCUGCUACAACAAUGGGAAAUUGUAUUAAUAGCUGUCUACCUCAUCAGUCCAGUGCUGCAAGAGCCCUUAGAAAUUUUAAUAUACUUGACAACGAAAGUACUGCUGUCGAUUUUGCAUUUCUCGUCGAAGAGAAUACGUCUUCAAAGCAUGAAGAGAAAAGGUCAUGUACCAGUCGAGAUAUUCAACUCCAAUGUCUGGACGCACGUGCUUUAUUACAACGAACUGCAACUUCCACUCCAGCCAGUAGUCUAGAUUUGGAAUGGGAGCAUGAAACUUUACCUGCAUCUAUGAUUCACGAUCCAUCUGGUAGCUCAUGGACGGCACUACCAGAGGACAUAUCUUGCUGUCCGACUACAUCGCAUACCCAUAAUUCCGAAAUGAACGCCAACGCAAGCGACUCUGAUUGGUCAAGAGUGUCUUCUGCCAAUUCACUAGAAUGGGACAACGUACAAAAUUCGAUACAAGCUGAGGGCAGUCCCCCAAUUUCUGAACUAGAUACUGAUACACAGUUUCUACUGGGCGAAAUCGAGAGGCUCACAAACAAAACUCUAGAAGAGACGGGAAAGGAGUUAUUUAGCUGAUUUUGAACUUAAAUAUGGCGUUUGUUUCAAUUUAUUGAUAAUAUGCUGGUUAGUAUAAAUAUAAAUGUAUGUAAAUAAUAGUAAUGAAAUUUUGAAACUUUGAAGUGAUUGAGCACAGUAAAUUUGGUUUUAACUUUUUUAUGUGAGUAUAACUGAAUAAUAUUAAGAAAUUUGACAAUGCUGGAUUAACUUUGAUUUUUUUAUUAUGUAAGUAAAUGUCAUUGAACUAAAAAAAUGUUUCAAAAAUAUUAAAGAUUUAGGUUUAUUUCGGUGUUACUUUAAUCGAAAAACGUUGAGUAGUUAAAUAAUAAUAAUAGUCUCCCGUUUUAUACCGCUGACGCGGCUUUGGGAUUAUAGCAGGGUAGUCUGCUAUAUCUAGGGCCUACGGUAUACAAGGAAGGUAACAGGGCCAGUGCUACGCUUCUGAGUAGUUAAAUAAUGGACGUAAAAUUCAUAUCUUAUAAAAAAUCACUAUACUUCAUUUUUAUAUAUUUCUUUGACGUCAUUCAUCUCUAUUUUCAACCGUUUAAAUGCAAUCAAUCAAUUAUACACAGCAACAGUGGCCUAACCCCAAAUGAAGUUUUGAGAUAAACGCAAUCUUUGUAUUCGUAUUUCCAUAGUGCUUGGGAUGGUGUUACAAAUUAGGUAGUGCCAUUUAGCCAAAUAUAGAGGUAGGAUGUGUUAUGGAAGUAAUUUCAACGCGUUCUGCGAUGAAAUAGACUAUUUCGAAGGAAUUUCAAAAUUUUUAUUUAGUCGCAAUAAAAUUAUAAAAGACACCUUUUGAACAAAAUUAAGGCAAUUUUAGUGUAAAAUACUCGUACAAACACAUUAACUAUUCCAUGAAAUACAAAUAUUAUUACAGCAAAUAUUAAUUAUGAUACGGUUUCUAGGUGCAGAUUGUUUGAACGAUAUUGGUUAAGAAACGCGUGGCAAUGAAACAAUGAUGGACGCAAGUCUAACUGAAUAGUAGAUAAUACUAACACCUAGCAGUGACUAACAUGUCGAGUGCCGAGCUUUUGAAAAUGCGUCAUUUCGCGCACCUUGCCAAAAAUAAUGGUCUGAUAAGUAACCUUUGAAAUGAAAAACGUAUUUUUUCUGAAAAUUCUUUUAUGUUAUUCGAUAUAGUGUCCUUUUACCUCAAUACAAGGAUUCCAACUUUUUAUACUGUGCGAACAAUACAGUUCUGGAAGCUUUGAAAAAUAGCUGUUUGUUUCUUCAAUGAUAUCUUCAUUCGAGCUAAAUUUUUUAUUUACGAGCCAUCUCUUCAGAUUUGGAAAAACAUAAUCGGAGGGGCUCAAAUCAGGAGAAUAAGUCUGAUAAGAAAGCAAUUCGAACCGUAACUCAUAAAUUUUUAGUGAGAUUGCAGCGCCCCAAUCGGCAAAGGAGGUUACUUAUCAGACCACCAGAUAGUAUUUGCUGCACAUACCAUUUAAUGCUAAAAAGUUUCAAAAUUUCAGAAUUUAAAUUAUUUUGAAGUAUAAUAUGCGUAGAGGGAUGCGAUUCUGUCUCGUCGUCAACUUGUUAUAAAAUUUUUAAGUCAAAGUCUUAAAACAUAAAAGGUAAAACAUAAAACUAUUAUUAAUUGCAGAUGCGACAAUGUAUUAAGUGACAACUAAAUACUGAUUUUUAUAUUUAUUUUAAAUUUAUUGAUUAUAUUUUUACUGACACUUUAUAAAUCUUUAUGUCGAAUACAGAUAUCACAUCCCCCUAUUUAAAUUAAAUAUAUAUGAAGAAUAUCCAAUAUAACAGUUUUUACCUAUUUUAUACAUAUAUAAUGUGUGAAUGGGCCUAUAAAAAUAGUUUAUAAAAAAGUAAUACAUAAAUAUCAUAAAUAUGCAAAAAAGACUAUACCAUGCAUAAAAUUUGUUGCUUCAUUGUGAUUCAGUCCCAUGAAUUUUUGAAAUUAGUCAAUUAAUGGAAAUUUGCUGCAUAUAUUUUGCUGCAUUAAUUUUUGCUGGUAUGGUUAUAAUAAAUUAAAUAAAUAUGUGAUAAACUUUUAGUAAUAAUCGGCAAAAUGUCCAUGCAAUCUAAGAUUUUGUUAGCUUUAAUGUAUAGAAAUAUUUAUAAGUAUCUGUCUACCGCCAAGAAAUUAUAAUAUUACUUUUUUUUUAAUUCUGAAGGGUGAUAUAACCCAGUAAAUAAUUCAGUACCUUUUCGAACCCCGUAAAUAAUAUAGCGAACCAACACUAGCACAAUACACUAGACUGCAGAGAUUACGGUGGGCAGGGCACGUGGUCCGCAUGCACGAGAACAGAAUCCCCAAAAAAUUGCUAAAUGCAAGAAUUCAAAGAACCAAAAAAAGAUGGGAAGACGAAUUAGGUGACGACGCUAAAAACUUAUAAAAACGCGUUCAUGAAAAAGUAAAUCGAGAUGAUUGGAGAAGCUUGCUGAAGAAGGACAAGGUCCGGUUUGGGCUGUAGUGCCAUUGGAUGGAUUAGUCCUAAAACAUGCUAAGAUUUGAUGAUGAAAAACUAAAACGAAAAAAAUAAAACAUGUAUGUAUGUAUCGGUUGUAGAACGUCUUUCGACGUUGUCCGAUGCCUAACUUCCACGUCCUUCUAUCAUCCCAUUGGCCAUCUCUAAGAUCCCUUGUACUCAUUGCUUUGGUUACCCCUUCUUUCCAUGUCUUUUUGGGUCUUCCUCGUUUUUUGCGGUUUGGUGGUACCCGCCCACUGUAUAAUCUUUUUGGGCAAUCUUGUGUCUUCCAUUCUUUGAACAUGACCAUACCAAAUCAACUGUUUCCUCUCAAUGUCUGUUGUUAAGUAACCAUCUAUUCCAAUUCGUCGUCUUACUUCCUCAUUUCGAACUCUUUCCCUACGGGAUAUUAUACCUAACGAUCUUCUAAACACAUCCAUUUCUACAGCUUCUAAUUUUUUCCUGUUGUUCUCUGUUAUUCUCCAAGUUUCUGCUCCGUAAAGUAGGCUGUUUUUAAUAAGUGUUUCAUAGAUGUUGUAUUUUCGCUGUAUUCCUAUUUCGGAGCUCCAAAGUAUUCCAUUUAGGCAGCCAAUUGUUCUUCUAGCUUGUGUUACACUUUUCUUUAUUUCCUCAUCGUCUUUUCCCGUUCUAUCGAAGAUUACUCUAAGGUACGUGUAUUCACUACAUGAUGUGAUUUCUUCAUUAUCCUCUAGUUCGAUGUUGGAUAACUCAGCUCCUAUGGGCAGGUAUUUAGUUUUUUCCACAUUAAUUUCCAAGCCCCACUGUUCAUAUUCCUCCUUUAGUUUUCUUGCCAUAUACUGUAGAUCGUCUUUAUCAUUAGCUAUGAUGACUUGGUCAUCAGCAAAUUGUAAGGUAUAUAAAUAAACCUCUCCGAGGUCUAUACCCAUACCGUGGCAUUUACGUUUCCACUGGUUUAGUGCUUUUGCAACAUAUAUCUUGAACAAAGUUGGUGAAAUACAGCAGCCCUGGCGCAGACCCUUGUUAACGAUGAAAUUUUUAGAUAGUAUGUUGCCAAUUUUUACUUGUGAUGUAGAAUUUUCAUAUAGAUUUUUUAAGGCUUUGAUUAGAGUGUAGCUGAUGUUAGUUUCUUGUAGUGAUUUCCACAAUUUAGUCACAGGAACGCUGUCGUAUGCUUUACGGAGGUCAACAAACAUGAGAUGGGUCUGUUGAUUGGUUGCUGAUUUUUUUUCAAUUAAUUGUUUUAGACAGAAAACAUUAUCUGUGCAAGUCCUUCCAGCGCGGAAACCAGCCUGUUCUUGUUCUAAAAAAUAAAACAUGCUAAGAUGAAUUAAAACCAAAAGCAUUAACGCAGUUAGCAAUGCCCUUUGAAUUUAAUCGAUAUACAUGAGCAUACUCCAUAAAGUCUCAUAUACAAUUCAAAUAGUCUAUACCAGUGAUGGCGAAACUUUUGAGCUCAGUUUGUCAAAAGUAAGUAGGCAAAGAGUUCAAAAGAACGGCCUCACACAGGGAACUGUUUCAGCUUUUUUGCUUUUCAACAUAGAUACAAACGACCAACCCACGCCGACUGAAACCAAGCACUUCCUCUAUGCGCUAUGCUGACGAUCUCGCAAUAUGUGCCCAAGGAAACACUUAUUUUGUAUUUGCUGUCUUUUUCUAUAAAUAACAAACGUUUGUUAUAGAAAAAGACAGCAAAUACAAAAUCAGUGAUUGAUGUGAUCGUUCAUGGGUAUUCUUUCAUUUUUCCGACUGUACAUGAGCAUACUCCAUAAAGUCUCAUAUAAAGUGCUAGUCAAAAUUCCGUACCCCCUUCGUAUCUUUUGAACGAUUAUACCUAUAAUAGUGAAAUUUGGAGGGAGGAAAUAAACAGACGUAAGCUUCCUAACUAGUCAUGACAGGUGACGUAAUUAUGACACAUGACUUUACAGCGCCACUGUGACAGAUAAUUUUAAAUGGGACCUUAUGGCAAGUGAUACCUCGUUUGAAAGGUAUUGAAAAUACCUAUUCAGUCAUUCUAAUUUUGUUUCAGUUUAAGCUAAUUUUGAUGAAUAAAUGAAAUAAAUAUAAAAUUGUAGGUUCGCAUUUAAUUAAUAAAAAUUCAAAAUUCCGCAUAUGAUUACUUAUCAAAAAGGUUGACGUUGACGUAAAAACUACUAUAGAAUUGAAAAACGUCAACUUUAUUGACAAAAAAAAACAUAGCCGGACAUUUGAAUUUUUAUUAAUUAAAUGUCAAGCUACAAAAUUAUAUUUAUUUAAUUUAUUUAUCAAAAUCAACUAAAACCCAAAAAAAUUGUAAGGUAAUGACUGAAUAGGUAUUUUGGAUACCUUUCAAAUGAGGAUCACUUGCCAUAAGGUCCCAUUUAAAAUUAUCGGUCACAGUGGCUCUGUAACGUCAUCUGUCACUAUUACGUCACCUGUCAUGACUAGUUAAGAAGAUUACGUCCGUUUAUUUCCUCCCUCUAAAUUUGACUAUUAUAGGUAUACCCGUUCAAAAGAUACGAGGGGGGGGUACGGACUUUUGACUAGCACUGUAUAAUUCAAAUAGUCUAUACUGGUGAUGGCGAAACUUUUGAGCUCGGUGUGUCAAAAGUAAGUAGGCAAAGAGUUCAAAAGAACGGCCUCCCACAGGGAACUGUUUCAGCUUUUUUGCUUUUCAACAUAGAUACAAACGACCAACCCGCGCCGACUGAAACCAAGCACUUCCUCUAUGCGCUAUGCUGACGAUCUCGCAAUAUGUGCCCAAGGAAAAGCGAUCUUAAAAACAAUGACUGACCUACAGAAUUCCCCGAGACCCAAUCCUGCUAAAACCCAAGUCUGCACCUUUCACCUUCGCACAAAGGAAGCGAAACGAAAACUCCAAUUUACGUGGAAUGGUAAUUCAUUAGAACACACAGCAUAAAAACGAGAGGGAAAGUAACAACUAGGAACAGCAUACUCAGAAAGGCGAGAAGUAAAUGGGAUGCAUGUCCUGUUGUCUAAUAACAACGACACAGGCACUUCAACUGUGUUGAAUAUGCGUGCUUCGUUUGGGGGCACAUUUGCUCACACCAAACAAGUUGAUACUGCGCUAAAUGAGACAUCCCAUAUAGCACACAACGUCCGAUGUACGUCCAUAUAACGUACAUUUAAAGUCCAAACGUCCAUGGACCAAAACUGGACGUACUAUGUACGUACAUUACGGGACGUCCAUUGGACGUUGGAUUUCAACGUACAUUGGACAUCCAUUUGUGGUCCAUGGAUAUUUUACACAAAACGCGACUAUUAUAUUAAGUCCCAAUACAAACUAAAUGAGAAUCUUCUUGACAACGUUGUCGCUCUUCGCGCUAUCGGUCGUGAAAGUUAGUAUUAGGCAGGUACUUUUAGGGGAUUAUCGCUGUUAAUUGUUGUGGAAUACUGAAGGAUGGUUUAUUUAUGAUAAUUCACAGAAUGGCAAACGCGCUUGUAAUAUACAACAACGGUACUGACUCUAAAAAUAGUUUGGAACAGAAACAGAACAGAGAUUAAACCUCUUUUAAUGUGCAUGCUUCCUAGGGCGUCAUUAUCUGAAUCUCGUUUUUAUGAAAAUACAUCCUGCGUGAUAUAUUUGUGUUUUCUGUUUAUCGUGCAAGUGCAGUCGUGCAUUAAUGAAGUUCCUAGUUCCUAUAAUAAAGUAUAUAUUAUAAUGAAGUUAUAGUAAAGAGAAAUAAAAAGGUCUUU